CUCCCAAAUGGUUGGGAACUAUGAGCCACACCAGAGGAAAGCAUUUGGGGCUUGCUAAGCUGCUGAAAUGAACUCGGACCACCCAGUUCGACUAGCAAAACCCAGGAAGCAUAGCUGCGUUUAAAAUGGUUUAUCUUACGUUUUAAUAUGCGGUCUUCCAGGACUAUUUAAAACUGCAAGCCCGGGGCGCAGCUCUUCCUUAGAGCAACUCUCUCUGCAAACCACUGUCAGCCGUUUUAAGGGAUGGAAGCAAGCAACCAAUGAAGAAAAACUGAAACGGGAAGCCUCUUUAUGGCGGCCCAAUAGUGCUGUACGUGUUGGUGGCGCGGCUGUCAAUCAGUGGAGAAGCAAUGACAUGAAAGACGAGAGAAAAAGCAGAGUGUUAACCUUCUGCAGCACUCACACGCAACCCCAAGGAGGAGCGAUGCCUCUCCGCCUCGCCUCGCCAGGAAAGGACGGAUACCACCGUUAGAUCAAAGAAAAAAGAAACUUUUUUACAAAAGUUAAGCAUUGACUAAAAAAAAAACAUGGCUGUUCGUGGCAAUACCUUAAACCCGUUCUCCAUUCAGGCUAUUUUAACCAGAAAGGACGAGAAUCGACACUCGAAAAGUUUGGGCGUGUCCUGCUUUUCGCCUGCUACCUGUUGGAAGAUGUUGGACACAUUGAAUUCCUGUCCAAAGAUAAACCCUUCUUCCGGGAGAAUCGAGGCAAGCAGCGAUCUGCCGAAUGAAGAGCUUUGUUGCGACUCGGAUUCGGGCGUCAGUGAUGAGAAUGACAGUAAAAACCUGUCAGUUUGCAACUCGGAAAGGGAGUUGGAAAUUUCUGCAGCCUGUUCCUUGCAGUCCAAACCAAUGAAGGACGCCCGGUUGAGUCUCGGUGAAGAGACCGAAAAAAGCGAUAGUAAGGACUAUCUAUGUAAUCUGGGAAGAACGGAACAUCUAUCAGCUCCAAGUCCAGUUGAUGAAGUGUUGAAAACGGGCCAAACCUCGGACCAACCCAAACAGAGGAAGAAACGCUCCCGGGCCGCCUUCUCCCACGCUCAGGUAUUCGAGCUAGAGCGCCGCUUCAAUCACCAGAGAUACCUCUCGGGUCCCGAGCGGGCUGAUCUGGCCGCCUCUCUGAAACUCACGGAAACUCAGGUCAAAAUCUGGUUCCAGAACCGCAGGUACAAAACCAAGCGCCGCCAGCUCGCUGCUGACCUGAUGGCCUCGGCCCCAGCGGCGAAGAAAGUGGCAGUGAAAGUGUUAAUCCGCGAUGAUCAAAGACAGUAUAGCCCGGGAGAAUUGCUAAGACCUUCGCUGCUUUCACUUCAACCGUCUUACCAGUACUACCCGUUUACCUAUUGCCUGCCCGCAUGGACAGUGGCUGCUUGUACAGGAACUCAAUAGCUGUUUUUUUUUAAAUUAAGGAACAAAGUUUCAAAUCCACGUCCUUAGAACUACAGUAUUUAUUUGCGUUGUUUUUUUUUAGUACAAGCUGCAGACUGGACUCGGCAGACGGAGUUUCCAUGGUAUCCAUGUCCUUGAUAUUUAAUUCAAAUCUAGCUUCAAAUGACGAUUCUAGCUACAACUAAGACUGCCCGCGAGAAGCAAGCGGGGAAAACGGUGCUUCUAUAAGUUUCACUGAAAAGAGCCUCGAUGUUUUGCCUUGUUUGGACAUUAUAUUUUCAAUUCCCUUUAGCGAAACAAAGUGCGCUGAAUGUAAGAACCACAGGAAAAAUACUGCGGGUUGUCUCCGAAGUGCAAAUAUCCAUAGAUAAAUAUAUAUAUUGUUUUAUUAUACUUCCCGGUUAAGAACAGCAGAGGAAAGAGCAUUUUCCGGCAAAUUGCUUUAGGUGACGUGAAGAUGUUUGCCCCAACCCCAAAAACAUUUCGACCCGUGAUUAUAUUCGAGCCGCAUAGGGGUAAGAAUCUAGCACUUUCCAUUAAAAAAAUAUUUAGUAGUGCUUAGUGUGGGCGAUCAUAUUGCAGGCUUUUCUUUAAUAGUAGCGUGUGAAAUUUUAUCUGGUUGAUGGUUUCUCCUGAAUAGAUCCAGGAGAAAACGAAUAUGGAUGAAUGUUUAGCACAGCAACAAAAGAAGGCUCGUUUCAGGGUAGUGCAUUUGGAGCUGUGUAUCCCUUUAUAAAACCGUGCACUCUGCAUAACUUCCGGUCUUAAAAUAAUAAAAAAAUAUAUUAUCAUUGAAAA